GGCACAUUAGGGCAAGAGAAAACUUUGGCUGGUUUCCAAUGUAAAAACCAGCCAAAAGCCCAAAAAGUAGCCCACAUCCGUACCUUGGCUACUUUGUACUUUCAAAUUAGUAGCCCAAUUUGUCUGGAAACCAGCCAAGCCUGAUGCAGACUCAUGGGUUUCAGCAUAAACGGCUACAUGACAGUUGCUAACAUUUCACACAUGCUGCUGAGAAAUGUAUUGUAAAUUGUAACUGUUCAGAAUUUGCACCUAAAUUACAGAGCUGUCACAAUGAAACACAGGCUCAGCAAAGUUUAAUCUUUAAAACUGGUGUACUAUCUGAAAAUAAAACUGAAAAAAGGUGAACAUCCCCUUUAAGCGAAGACUUUUUAUGGAUAGGGACAUGUGAAAACAUAGAAUACACAUACACUACCUAUGCUGCUCCACUAAACAAUUAUCAUUUUUUUUUUUAGAUUUUUCAUAUUGUGGUCUUACAGUUUUACAAUCAUGAACUGUUUUAGCAUACUACAAAAUACUCUUGCUAUCUGGUGCCGCAACUGGGACUUUUUAUUCCUAGUAAACCUGUUUUUCAAGUAAGACAACACUCCGUUGUAAUUGGUUACUAGCCAGCCAUGUGACUGCAUAAAAGAGGCUAGGUUUGCGUUCCAUUGUCUUUAUUUAGCUCAGCUGUUUUGACCUCUAAGAAAUAUCGUUUGGAUUGCUUUGGUCACUCAAGAAAACCUCAUCUGAAUGCUCUUUCGUUUGACAGUGAGCUGACUAAUCUAUGCCUGUCCGUAGAAUGGUAGGUUAUGACCCCAGCACAGAUGGUCGGCUUCUCUCCAGCACAGAGGUAGCGAUGGCAGGAUCCCUCUCCGGAUUGGUCACUAGAGCCCUGAUCAGCCCACUGGACGUCAUAAAGAUUCGCUUCCAAUUACAGAUUGAGAGCCUCUCCAGCCGUGGCACAAAGGGAAAGUAUCAUGGUAUCACACAGGCGGUCGGGCUCAUCUUUAGAGAGGAGGGUCUACCUGGAUUCUGGAAGGGACAUGUUCCAGCCCAACUCCUGUCUGUAUCCUAUGGAGCUGUUCAGUUUGUAAGCUUUGAAAUGUUGACAGAACUGUUUCAUGUCUCCACUUCGCUGGAUCCUCGUGCACCCGCAGUGCAUUUUCUGUGUGGAGGGUUGGCUGCCUGCUCAGCGACCCUGACUGUGCAGCCUCUGGACACGCUAAGAACACGAUUUGCUGCUCAAGGAGAGCCCAAGGUUUAUAGGAACCUGCGUAAUGCGAUCUUUACUAUGUUUAGGACUGAGGGGCCUCUCGCAUUCUAUCGUGGCCUUUUCCCCACCCUGCUUGCCGUGUUCCCAUAUGCCGGCCUCCAGUUCUCCUCAUACAACCUUCUGAAAAGGACCUGGGACCUAGUGUUGCUUACUGAUCAGAAACAAAAAGACAGCCUCAGGAACCUCCUCUGUGGCAGCGGUGCUGGAGUGAUCAGUAAAACCAUCACCUACCCCUUUGAUCUUUUUAAAAAGAGACUCCAGGUUGGUGGCUUUGAGCAGGCAAGAGCACAUUUUGGAGAGGUAAGAACCUACCAUGGCCUUGUGGAUUGUGCAUGCUGUGUAUGGAAAGAAGAGGGUUUCCGUGGAUUCUUUAAAGGACUGACUCCGAGUCUAUUGAAGGCUGCUGUCUCCACUGGCCUCACGUUCUUCUGUUAUGAACUGUUCUGUAGCCUCAUGCCGAGUGCAAAGAAAGCCAAAAAAACCAAGAGGAAAGAGGACUGAGAGAGGCAGAAAGCCUAAGAGGACAUUUUCUGCCAUAAGAGAACAAAAUGGAGUUUGUUACCCAGAAUGUUAGAAGAGAUUGGCCUCUACAUUACCUCUUAAAUGCCAAGUGGGUUGUGUAGUAACCAAUCAAACAUUAGCUUCCAGUAUUCCAAAUACACUAAGCCAGUCUGAGAUAUCUCUGAUAGGUUAGCUGUUAUAGGUAAUUGAAAUGUAAAAGUAAUGCAGAAAACUUUAUGCCAUAGGAGCGAGAACUGGAAUUUGUUGCCCUCCUGCUAGAGUAAGUGGCAUCCACAACUUUAAAAUGCCAAGUGGGUUGAACGGUAACCAGACGUUCACUUCCAAAGUUCUUACUGCACUGAAGCUUACAUAGCUAACCACCAGACUAUUGCUUUAGGUUAUUUCAGUAUGGCACUAUUGUUCGUCUGUUACUAACUACCGGCCUCAAGCCAUCCCUGCAUUUCUAGUGACAUGUCUUCCACAUGCAUUGGGCACAGACUGGGCCAGAAAACAAAUAUUGUACUGUAAGAAAUAUGCUGAGCAAGGAAGUAUAUCCAGGGGAUAAAAGUCACCCCUCCUGACAUAAGGCAGACAAAUCCUCCGCCUCACCCCCCCCACCCAGCUUUUGGGCAUUUGUUUUUAUUAGUCAUUGUCACAAGAGGGUCACAGUAAUUACGAACUAAAUAACCAAGUUUUUUGUUCAAGUACGGCUUUUUACGCUACUGUGCAUGCGCAGCCGCAAGAAAAAAGAAGCCGGAAAACGAUCACUUGGUGGGGGUGUCUUAA